CCUCACCAAACAAUCCCCCCUCCCCGGAUUCAACACCCAACAGGAAUCAACAGGGGCCAUGGAUUCCACGAACAAUCAGACGACGGCGCUUGUCCGCAAACGGACCGACACGGAGCUGAUGCCACCGCCGCCACCAGCGAAACGCAUCCAACGGCCGAAGCGCGUGCUCGACGAAGAGACCUACACCGAGGCCCUCUCCCACAUCAUCGCCCGCGACUUCUUCCCCGGCCUUCUCGAGAGCGAGAUACAGAAGGAGUACCUCGACGCACUCGAAUCAAAAGACGAAGAGUGGAUCGAAAGCGCCAGCCGGCGUCUCCGCCAAGUCAUGGCCCCGGGACGGCGACGAACGCUCGGGACGCCGCUCCGUCAGGCGACGACCGCAGCAGGUCGCACGCCGCUCAACUUCGUCGGCGAGACGCCGGCCUCGGCCGCUUCCGCCGCCACCGCGGGGACCUCCUCCACAAAACCGGCGAUAGACGUAAACGUCUCCCUAGCGACGUUCCAAUCCAAGUACACCUCCGAAGACAACGAAUCCUUCUACAGACUGCUCGACAAGCAGAACCAGAAACGGGUCCAGAAGUACGCCUGGCUCUGGACGGGGAACAAGCUCCCGUCCAAGCAGCAGCUCAAGCAGAAGGAGGUCGAGGCCAAGCUGCUCGCCCGGCGCGGGGCCGGCGCGCUGCGCGACGACGGCUUCGCCCGCGACCGGCUCGCCAUCGCGGACAAGGACGCCGCCGAGCGGCCCGCGGUGCCGGACCACUGGAACGGCGCCAAGCCCCACAACGAGCUGAUGUUUGUGCCGGACGGGGUGGAGGAAGGCUGGCGCGGCCGCCGGCUGCAGACGGUCGCGGAGCGCGCCCAGGCCGAGAGCAGGGCCCCGCCGAAGCAGAUCGUGUACGAGAACACGCGGGCGCCGCGGCCCGGAGGUCCCGCCGUCGCCGCCGCCGCCGCCUCGGACGAGGGUGGCGGGGGCGAGGACCGGUCGAGGGCCGCGUCGCCCUCGCUGUCGGAGAUCCGCAGCGCCAUCGCGGGCAACAGGCGGCCGUGCGAUGCAGAGUCGAGCGUGGCCGGGGCCGGUGGCGGAGAGACGCCGAGGGUGAACGGGUACGCGUUCGUGGACGACGAGGAGCCCGAGCCGGAGCGGGAGCGGGAGCGGGACAAGCAGCAGCCGCUGAUCGAGCUCAGCGCCGGGGACACGACGCCGAAUCCGUUCAAGCUCCAGGAGUGGAGGAAGCGGGAGCUGCUGCAUCACCGCAUGGUCGACAAGAUCUCGCAGUCGAAGCGGACGUCGGCACGGCUGGGGUUCACGGGGAACGUGGAGCGCGCGCCGGUACCCAAGUUUCCGAGCAGUCCGAGAGCGUCUGGAGGGUUGACGCCGGCGGCGCAGAGGUUAUGGGGCAAGAUUGGCGGAUCGGAAAGGAGAAAUGCGGAGUCCCCGUUUGGAAAUUCCGUGAGCUUCACGCCAAAGGCGACGCCUCGAGCGAAGAGCUCAGGAUUGAGAGGCGUGGCAAAGUAG